AGAUCAGAUGAAGAUCCGUGGUCGAUGUUGGAGUGUUAUCGUGUGGCGUUGUUGAGUUUUGCUCGUGUGUCGGAGCAUCUCUCCAUCCAGAGCGAGAACGUCGGAGUGGUGCUGGAGAGACUCUCGAUGAGUUGUGUGGAGCUGCUGCUGUUUAUAACUGAGGCUUUUCCAGAUGCAUUAUGGGAGCAGUUUCAGUUCUCCAUACAGACGGCUCACACUCUUCUGCAAGACAACGGCAUCACGCAGCUGCACCUGCUUUCCACAGCCACUCAGGAACGAGGGAUGUGGAGCAACAUCACACUACAGAACCUUCUCAGAAAAGAGACGCCUCCCGAGGAGAAAGUGCGUGAGUUCCUGCUGCGUGAAGGUCCGGAGCUGCUGGAACUCAGGGUGAAGUUCCUAAUUAAAGAGAACUCCAUGGAGAAGGCAGCGCUGCUGGCUAAAGCCUGUGCUGAUCUCCUCGAGUUUGGAGCAAACAGAGGACACUUUAAACAGAUCUACCUCGUGUGUGUGUGCUCCUCUGCUCCACAGGAGAUGCUGAUGGAGGAGCUCUCCCAGGUGGACUGUCGUGAUGCUCUGGAGAUGAUCUGUAACCUGGAGGCAGAAGGAGAUGAGAGAGGAGCAUUCACACUGUGUUCGGGCUUCCUGACCCGACAGCUCCUGCAGGAGGACCCGUACUGCGCCUGGGAACUGACCCUCUUCUGGAGUAAACUCCUGAAACGAUUGGAGCCUUCAGAGCAGAGUUUUUUGGAAAAGUGCCAGAAGAUGUCUCUACUCACCAAAACUGUGUUCCACCUGCUGUUCUUUAUUAAAGUGAUCCAGUCUGAGUUGGAUAAGAUUGGAUUGCCAGCCUGCAUUCAGAUGUGUAUACGUGCCCUGCGAAUGGAGUCCUGUGAGGGAGCCAACAAGGCCACCAUCUGCAAAACCAUCUCCUGCCUCCUGCCCUCCGACCUGGAAGUGAAGCGGGCCUGCCAGCUAACGGAGUUCCUCCUGGAGCCCACAGUUGACUCUUAUUAUGCUGUGGAGACUCUGUACAAUGAGCCAGACCAGAAGCUGGAGGAGGAAAACCUUCCCAUACCCAACUCUCUACGCUGCGAUUUGUUCCUUGUUUUUAAAACUCAGUGGCCUUUUGAUCCGGAGUUCUGGGACUGGAAGACGUUAAAGCGUCACUGUCUGGGUCUUAUGGGCGAGGAGGCGUCGAUCGUGUCCUCCAUCGACGAGCUGAACGACGAUCGCUUUGUAGACGUGGAGCGAGACGAUGUUGACCUGGCGCCCGAAGAGUUCAAGGACGUUUUUGAAUGCUUUUUGGACACGACUAAUGAACUGAAGGAGAUCGCAGACCAGCGUCAGAAAAACAGAGAAGUCAAAAAGUUGAGGGAGAAGGGAUUUGUGUCGGCCAGGUUUCGAAACUGGCAAGCGUACAUGCAGUACUGCGUGCUGUGCGAUAAAGAGUUCCUUGGCCAUAGAAUCGUGCGCCAUGCACAGACUCACUUCAGAGACGGACUUUACAGCUGUCCCAUUUGCACAGAGACGUUUGAAGCGAGAGAAACUCUAGACCCGCAUGUGGCAUCACACGUAAAGCUGUCUUGUAAAGAGCGCUUAGCUUCCAUGAAAACCACUAAAAAACUGACUGUUGCGAACGCUCCUGAUCUCACAGCUCUGACAAACAAAAGUGGAGAAAACCAGGCGCGGAAAGCCAAGGCUAAAACCUGCGACGGAGACGUUGGUCAGCUGUCCAACGGAGACACGACAGGCUCCCAGACCGAAGUUCCCGGAGUCAGGGUCAACGCCAGAGAGCGAAACGUGUGUCCUGUUGCGAACUGCAGAAAAGGUUUCAAGUUCUUUCGCAAUCUUCUCACCCACGUGAAGGACCACGGGGAGAUGGAGGAGGCCAAACGCUUCCUCGAGUUGCAGACCACGAAGAUAGUUUGUCAGUAUUGUCGCCGGCACUUCGUUAGCGUCACUCACCUCAAUGACCACCUGCAGGUCCACUGUGGUGCUAAACCUUAUACGUGCAUUCAGCUGAACUGUAAAGCCAGCUUCGACACCAAUGCUGAGCUUCUUCUGCACAGCAAAGGACACUCUGUCUUCAAGGCCAAGUGCAUGUUUCCUGGCUGUGGAAAGACCUUCUACGAAGCUUAUAAACUCUACGAUCACGAGGCGCAACAUUACAAAACAUUUACCUGCAAAGUGCCAGGAUGUGGUAAAGUGUUUCACGCCCAGUCUCAGUUAGAACUACACGAGGAGAGCCAUAACGUUAAGAAAGAGGAGAUGCAGACGGCAGACACCAACGAGCCUGUAGAUCCUCAACCACACCUGUCCAGUGAACCAGCCAAACAGGACGUUCAGCAAAUAGCACCUCCAGCAAACCCCAGCUGCAUGGUGAACCCUGAAGAUCAACCAACAAAUCUGGUGAAAGUGAAGCAUUCUGUAGAAAACAUGCUCAACCCCUCUGGUCAGGGUCCCACACAAGCGUUCGGCCUUCUGCCAUGUAAAAGCGAGCCACCUGAUCCAAACCUGGAUGCUGGACCACACGUCCCACAUGUGGAGACCCUGCAGGUCCAACCUCCUCCAAACCCUCCCAUGACUCACCUGAAUGGACCCGGACCUGAAGAGUCCUUGUUAGAUGUGCUAAUGAACGAUCCGAUGCUCACUCCAUCAUGUCCACUUCCGCCAGCAUCUUCAUACCAGAGCCUCCUAGAGGACUUUCAGCAAGCCCCAUCUGGAGAUGUUUUGCAAGCUCAAAUGGAGUCUGCUGUCUCACAGAGUCACACCCAACCCUUAUACAGCAAUGAAAACUCUGACUACGGCCAGUAUGAUCCCAAUCCGAUCCACACUCCGUACCCAGUUACGUACGGGAACAACCUGGUGUCUUUAACGCAGACUUCCCAUAGCGGUCCAUCAGUAAUGCCUGUGUCUCAGAGACUUCCUCCACAAGUCAGCUCUUUUCCCUCCAACAGACCAGUACAACCAGUGCAGACCAACACAUCUGGUUCUGCAGGUGAGGAAAAGGACAGAUAUAAAUGUGCAUAUGAAACCUGUUCUCGAGAUUACAGCUCUUAUAGAAGUCUCACCAAACACAUGAAAGCUGCUCACUGUGAGUUUUAUACACAAUGGAAACUGGCAAAGAGGAACAAUAAAGUACCACCAAUCACAAGCAGACCUGCAUCCAUGAAUGUCAAGAACGUUUCUUCAGAGCCCAUACAGAACCAGUUGGGUCUGAGGACUUCUGCUCCUCUCGCACCAAUGCAGAAACCUCCUGCUCAGCAGCACUGCCCAGCAAGCUGUCUGAGCUCCACGUACCCCUCAAGUUCUUCGCAUUUACCUGCUCCUGCUGGUCAGACCUUCCCAAACCAGAUGGACAACAUAUUGGAUCCCAUUGUGCUCUCACAGUUAGGAAACACUGCCAGUCAGCCUCAUGUAGCUCCUCACUCCUCGUGGAGUUCUGUAUCGAGAACCAGUUCAUUACAGCAUUACCAUCCGCAGGAGAUGACGUCUUCUAGUGGUGGUUUCUCCUCACAGAUGGACACUGCACCACAACCCCAAGUUCCGAAUGUCUAUAAUGGAGAAAUGUCUUGUCCUCCUUUGCAGCAUCAAAAUAAUCCCUCGUGUCGCUUUAUUCAGAACCAGACCAUGAAUAAUCCCAACAAAAUAGGUCAUUCCAGUGACUCUUCACCUCCUUACAUCCAGAUACCGAAGACUAAUUCAGUCCCUGUAGUCAGACAUACCGAGUGUAUUGUGAAACUGGAGAAAAACCCAGAUUUGGUUCUACCUCCUCCAAACAUGGCACAACAAAUCCACCCUCCUGCUGCUGUGAACUCUCAAGAUGAAACCAGCAGUUCCACACAUGAAGGCGACAUAAAAAAAAGGAAACGGAGCAGCAGAACCAAGUGGCCUGCCAUCAUCAAAGACGGCAAGUUUAUUUGCUGUCGGUGCUUUAGAGAGUUCCAGAGCCCUAAAUCUCUUGGUGGACAUUUGUCUAAACGUGCUGUGUGCAAACCCUACGAUGAAACGGUCCUGUCCGCAGACCUUCCUAGUUCAUUUCUGGAGCUUUUGAACUCCCCUCACCCAUCAGAUACUCCUCCUCAGUCCUCUCCUUCUGCACAAGCCACUCCCAAUCAGACGUGGCCUUCCAUGACUAAAGGUCCUCUUGAUCCAAAACUGUUUCCCAAUGUGACUUUUCUGAACACUAAAGAUUCUGUCUACAGCAGUAUCAGUAAGACCAGUAGUGAAAAUGUCCAACACAGUUCACGAAGUCUGGCUGAGUCUGUCAGUGCACGUCAGCAGACCUUCGCAGAAACAUCCGUCUCUUACCCUCAAGACAGUCAAAACAGUGUGAUCCAACACACAGGAAAUAUAAAAGACAAGCACAAUCAGAAUCAAAUGCAUUAUACCCAGUCCUGCAACUCCUUACAGAGUGACACCGGUUCCUCAGAGAAACUCUCGGCUUGCUUCUUAAACGAACCGUCAGACUCAAACUCGAGCAGGAAUCCCACUAAUCAGAUCGACAGAAUCCUUCAAGCCGAAACACUAAACAAGAUAAAGGAGAUUAAAGAAAAAUCUACCAUCACAAACGCUAGUGGAUUAUCCAACGAUGGGCUACUGGCCGCCAUGGCGAGCCUCGCUCAAAACCUGGUAUCAGAAAAAAGCGUGAAGGAAAGGCUUCGUGAGCAGAUCUUAGCUGGAGACUUCCAAAAGAGAAGCAGCUCGUGCCAAGGGGUCGAGUACUCGAAUGUACAAAAUCCAACGAGUGACGUUCCUCAACACACAACGAACGUAAUUCAAAAAGCGUUUCCGAGUGACCAUCGUACUCCUGGAAGUGUCCUACCUGAUCAGACCUCCACACAGAUUCCCAUAGCUGCUGCUGCUUCUUCAAACAACAGUGUACCAGAAGAUUUAUUAAAUAAUCCAGUGCAAGAAGAUGAUGCUGAAGUUACAGAAAUUCAAAAAGCUCUGGAAAGACUGGAUCUGGAUCGGGAAACGAGUGACCAUGACCAGACCCCUGCUCUGCCUGUGGAGGCUGAAGGAGUAACGAAAGCCUCAGAAGGUACAUACGGUUUUAUCAUACGAGGUUAUUCCUGUGACAGUGAGGGCUGUGGUUACAGAGCCAUGACAAAAGACGCCCUCUUCAAACAUCUCGUGAAACAGCAUAACUAUACAGAAGACAUGCUGAGUCAGUGUCGAAAGGAACAGUUCAACUUCGCGCCUUUUAAUUGUCAACUCUGUCCCAAGACCUUCACACGGAACUCCAACCUCAGAACCCAUUAUCAGUCUGUUCACAAUUAUUCACACGAGCAGGUGGUGAAGAUGGGGAUUACACGGCAGUACAGUCGGAAACCCUCCGAGGCUGAUCAAAGUCUCCAGACUUCAAGCGAUUUGCUCAGUCAAAUGGUACCAAAGGUGCUUUUCGCUGGACAGGUGCAUCAUGCUGAGACUGGUUCUGGUGUCCCAGGUUUCAUAUCUCAUGUUGGAAGCAUUAAAUCAGAAUUAAAAAUUCAACCUUUUGAACAACAACUUCCUGUUCCUUCUAUUGACUCUGGUGUUCCGAGAGCACAGACAACUUCACAUCAACUUCAGAGUCAGCCUACCACGCAUCCAUCAGUGAUUAAAGCCACGCCUUCUUUGCUAACCUCCUCAAGUGUGGAGCAGCAGUUAAAUCGGCCAAAUGGGUUUGUGACUGGAUCUCUGGCACCUUCUCAGCACACCCAUGGAAUACCUCCUGGGGGUCUGUUGCCUUCAGGUGCAACCCUUGUGAGCCAGACACCUCUGGUCCCAGGGCAGGUAAGCAACCUGUCCCUAGAUAAGAAGGCCAAACUUGGAAGACCUAAAAUACUAAAGCCUAAGGAUGUAACAAAGAAGAUUAAGGAGAAGAAGGCGGACAUGGACGAUGUUUUUAGUCCCUACAGGCCGUACCGCUGCGUCCAUCAGGGCUGUGUGGCCGCCUUCACUAUUCAGCAUAAUUUGAUUCUUCACUACAAAGCUGUACAUCAGUCUGCACUCCCCAAAUUUGAAGAUGAUGAACAGAUCGAGGAGGAGAAUAAUGAAAAUGAGGAAGAGGAGGAUGAGGAGAAUGACAUGCCCAGUGGUAAGGGUGGUGAGAUGACAGAGUUUCGCUGUCAAGUCAAAGACUGCUCUCGAAUCUUCCAAGUGGUUACAGAUCUUCUGCAGCAUUACCUUCAGCUCCACAAACUGAGCCUUGACAAAGCAGGCGUCAUGAUGUCCGGUCUGAACCUGGGUAGGUUUUGUUGUGACCAGCCAGACUGUGAUGUUACCUUCACCGGAUUCUGGAAGUAUGUCAACCACAUUGACCAUGAACACAAGAAGGUCAAGCUCGGCAGAACGGAACCUGUUGAUGGAAUGUUCCAGUGCGAGGUGGAGGCUUGUAGCUGCGUUUAUACCACACGCUCAAACUUACUGCGGCACAUCAUGAAAAAACACCAAGACCUUUACAAACUCCGACUGCUGAACUCCAGAGGCGUCAAACUUGGCCGUCCUCCGAAAAACAGCUUAGUCUCCCUUGAGAAGGAAAAUCGAGAAAUUAAUAAAAAACCUAGUCAGAAGAGUGGUGAGAAAAAGAAAAAGAAACAAAAGAACCUCUGGACGAAAUACGGAAACCCCAUUUUAAAAACAAAAGAGGAGGCCUCUGCCAUGUGCAUCAAAAAGACUCAGUUACAGUACCCCUGCAUGCUUAAAGGCUGUGAGAAGGUGGCCGACUCUGAGCGAAGUCUCAUGAAGCACUAUGUCCAGCAUGGUCUUCCAAAACAAUACCUGGAGGAGCAGAGGAGCAACUACAUCUUUUGCAAGAAAAUGUCUCGCUCCAAGUAUAAACGAAUUGCGUCAAGGAGUGACGAUACAGACAAGUCUGAUGAAAGCUCCAUCGAUACCUCUGAGAACGAGGACGCUGUGGACACCGGCCCGAGCGAAUCUGAGUUUUCAAAGCCGACGUCGGAGAAGGAGAGCACAGAGGACACAGAAGUUUCAGAUGCUAAAUUGUCUAGUGAUCCGAGCUCGGAUAUCUCUGUGGUAGUGAAGCGGAAGCGAGGGCGCCCCCGCAAGGGAGAGUCGAUCAAAGACCUGCAGCUCGCACGCAAGAAAAUGACGAGGUUAAGAGUGGCGCAGAGGCCCUCAGUCAACUAUGCAGACACCAACUCCGACUCCACUUCUUCCAGCGCCAUGCUACCACGGGAGCAACCGCUGACCACCUUCAAGCCGAUGGGAUUUGAGGUGUCCUUCCUCAAGUUCUUGGAGGAAUCUAGUCAGUCGCCCGGAAAGAGGAAGACGAGUCCUUUAUCGGCGAUUCACCCACACAAGAAAUUCCCGACCCUGCACUUGAAGACGGCAUCAGUGGUGUGCAGCAGGAUCAAUCCUGAACAUCACUGCCGAGAUGUACUGAGACUUGUAGAAUUUAAGAACCCUCAGAAACUGACUUCUCUCAGCAAGGUGACGUUCGAGGUGCACAGAGGGUUCUCGAGUGUUUUCGAACUGUUGCUUAAGCAGCUGCAUGAGAUGCGUCCUGCGGUGGUCAUUCAGAAAGAGGGCCUAUCUAAUGUUAAUGGGUAGAUCUGAUCUCAGGACGAGGGUGGAUCUGGAGCUCCAGUGUUGCUGUUAUGGGGAUGUUAAGUGGGUUAAUAAGUGUGCAGGACAUGUCCGAUUGCCCUUGAACGCUCCUGUAAAACGUCUGCUGAUCCCUCCGCAGGACUGUGUAUUAUUGUUUGAGUUGUUAAUGAUAUACCUCUUACGCAUGCCCUUCAAAAAAAAUAAAGUUCAUGCAUCGGCACAUGCGGUCAGUGUCGGAACUGAACCCUUAGAGGAAGAUUUUAAUCGUCUCGGAUCCCGUAGGUAUUUUAAAACGAGCUAGCUUGUGUCCAGGUUGGACUGACGAUCCUGUAGUGCAGUGGUAAACUGUAGAUGGUAAACCAUUUGUAGUAUUGUUCGACUUGCAUUGUACAAUUUGAACGUGUAUAGCGUCGUGUCUGUGUGUGCACACCCUGACUCUCUACUGCCACCAGCAGUCUGUACCUUACACAACAGAGACCAAUUUAUUACAGCUUGCAUUUUCUACCUCUGUGUGGCUCUGUGUGGGUUUUAUUUUUCCCUCUCGGAAAUCAUGUCACAGCUUCCCCUCCAAUUCACACAAUAAAAAUGACUGUCAUUUCA